AACACAACAGAACUGACCGGAACACAGUAAACACAGUUUUAUUGCAGUCAAGUGGACUUUUCUAGGCUUUGUGUAAUUCGUGCUGAGACAACAACAAAAUUAUUAUAUUUUUUAAACUUCUUUAUUUCUCAAGUCUAUUUCGAGUGAGGAGCUUACAAAUAUAAAGAUGUGAAGAUCCCGAGUCGUAGUGCUGCUAUUUUUAUCCCUGCAGAAGUGGACUGUAGCUGGACUGUGUCAAAGCGCGCGAGCCGCUCGACGCUUAUGGGCUUCCCCCCAGUAAAAGCCCCCUCGCGCGCUUUCGUCACCGGGUUCCAGUCGCGUGGAGAAUGCUGAAGCCGCUCCGGUGAUGGAGGCGAGCGCGCGCUCCCCUUCCUCCGCGUGCCUGCCGCUCUUCUUCCUCCUCCUCUUGCUCGGCGUCUCGCCGACGUCCUCGCACCUGAACCCGUUCAGCGAGUGCACGCAGAGCCGCGGCAGAGGCGCGUCAUACCGCGGCUCGGUGGACGUCACGGAGUCGGGAGCGCGGUGCAUGAACUGGAGCGAGGUGAGCGGCGUGACCGCGCGCUACCCGGGCAAAGGACUCGGCGAGCACAACUUCUGCAGGAAUCCGGACGGUAGAAUCCGGCCUUGGUGCUUCUUCCGCAACGCGCGCGGGCGCGUGGACUGGGGCUACUGCGACUGCAAACAAGGCUCUGUGCGUCUGCAGGGUGGCAGGUCUAAGCUGGAUGGGACAGUAGAGGUGUAUAUGAAUGGUGCGUGGGGGACGAUCUGUAGUAAUGACUGGGACGAUAAAGACGCUCAUGUUGUGUGUCGACAACUCGGGCAAGGGUAUAAAGGCCGCGCUCGGGUCAGCUCCCUCUCUAGGCUGCCUCUGGCUGUAGUGCACUGGAGGACGAUCGGGUGCAGCGGAGAUGAAGUCGACUUGCUGCAGUGUCCGAGAUCUGUUUGGAACGGAGGAGAGUGCGCUAACCAACAGGCCGCUGCUGUCACCUGCACUCCAGUGGAAGCUGUGUCGUUCGUGCCAGUGCGUCUUGCUGGAGGAGCGACCACGUACGAAGGUCGAGUGGAGGUGUAUCACGCUGGGCAGUGGGGCACGGUGUGUGAUGACCAGUGGGACAAUAAUGAUGCUGAGGUUGUGUGCAGACAGCUGGGCCUGGGUGGCACUGCUAAAGCCUGGGUCGGGGCGUAUUUUGGUGCCGGUGUGGGUCAUGUGCUGCUGGAUGAAGUGAGCUGUACAGGAAACGAGCUCUCUAUAGACCAGUGCCCGAAGACAGCCUGGGGAGAACACAACUGUGAUCACAGUGAGGACGCUGGAGUGUCCUGUACACCGCUUACAGAUGGAUCGGUGCGCCUGGUGGGCGGAGCAGGAGGGUUUGAGGGAAGGCUGGAGGUUCACUAUCAAGGCCGCUGGGGAACGGUGUGUGAUGAUGGCUGGACAAACACCAACACACAGGUCAUCUGCAGACAGCUGGGAUACAGGUCCGGUCAGAGCAUGAACCCGGAGCGCUUCGGCGUGGGGUCAGGACCGAUUUUACUGGACGAUGUGAGCUGCACGGGGAAAGAGCCGACACUCACACACUGCGCCAGGAGAGAGUGGCUUCGACACGACUGCAAACACACAGAGGACGUGGCUAUAGCCUGUAGCAGCCAGCGUGUCGCACAUGGAGUGCCUACUAGUGUACCUCUACGACUGGUGGGUGGAGAGAACGAGCGAGAAGGGCGAGUCGAAAUUCUCUUGGCCGGCCAAUGGGGGACGAUCUGCGACGACGGAUGGACGGACGAGGAUGCGGAGGUGGUGUGUAGACAGCUGGGCUACAGCGGUGAAGCUAAAGCCCGGGUCAUGGCGUAUUUUGGGGAAGGCCACGGCCCUAUUCAUGUGGACAAUGUGAAGUGCACUGGGUCCGAGCGCUCGCUGACCGACUGCAUCAAGCAGCCUAUAGGGAGCCACAACUGUCGCCAUAGCGAAGACGCCGGAGUCAUCUGUAACUACGGGCAACGGGACAACAGCACCCGGGUCAAAGAUGUUGUGAGCUCUGUGUGUGGUCUCAGGCCUGCACACACUCGGAGGAAGAGGAUCAUCGGUGGACAAAACUCGCUACGGGGUGGGUGGCCGUGGCAGGUUGCAGUGCGACUGCGUGGCUCUCAGUCAGAUGGGAGACUGGUGUGUGGAGCCACUCUGAUCAGCAGCUGCUGGGUUCUGACAUCGGCACACUGCUUUAAGAGGUACGGUAACGCUACAAGCACCUACAAAGUCCGUGUCGGCGAUUAUCACACCCUCGUUCCCGAGGAACACGAGGACGAAUACGGCGUGGACAGAAUCGUCCUGCAUCCUCGCUAUAGUCCACAGGGCAAUGACUAUGACCUCGCUCUGGUGCGCCUGACACAGCACGGCGGUCAGCGAGGUCAGGGCGGAGAGUGCGUGCGCCAGAGUCACGCCGUACUUCCUGUGUGCUUGCCGGAUUGGAGGGAAAGAGCGCCGAAGGACUUGACCAAGUGCUACAUCACCGGCUGGGGAGACACGGGCCGUGCUUACUCCAAAACCCUGCAGCAGGCCCCCAUCACCGUCCUGAGCAAGCGCCAUUGCGAGCGUCACUACGGCAACCAGCUGACCAGCCGCAUGCUCUGCGCCGGCUCGGCCCUCAGCGGUCGGCACGUGGACAGUUGCCGUGGCGACAGCGGCGGCCCGUUGGUGUGUGAGAGAGGUGCUAGCUGGAUUGUGUACGGAGUCACGUCCUGGGGUCACGCCUGUAGGCUACAGGACUCUCCGGGGGUGUACACCAAAGUCUCCGCCUUCAUGCCCUGGAUCACAAAGGUCACUAGCCAAAAGGAGACGAGAUGAACAGAUAGGCUUAACACGGUCGAUAAGGGUAAUGUGUUAGAACUCUAUAAGCUAACAAUGUGAUAACGACUCAGUCUGAGCACAGCGUCUUUGUUUGUUUAUUUUUUUUUCUAUCGGUUUUAGUUCUAGCACUUAUAGAGAUUUGGUUAUAGGGACCACUAUGUAAGGACACACUAAACUAUGGCGCAUGAAGCAUAGAUUACUUUACGCAUUACAGCUGGUGGCUUUAAAGACGCCCUGCUGUCGCUAGGAAACGGAUGACAUCGCGGCGGAGGAAAGCCUCCCUGGAAAGAUGACAUCAUCUGGAGAGUGAGAACAUCGACACUAACUUCUAUGAGGAAGGACGCACACAAGCUCAUCAAGACGUUUGCACUAAAUUCUCAGUGAACGCAAAAUAGAUACAUCUUAAAUCAAUCACACCCCUUCUGACCAAUCAGAUUUGAGAAUUUCGCCAAAGAAUUUUAGCUACGAGAAAAUAAGCGAAAAAAAUCGAUUAAACAAAUAGCACAAUUAAGCCUUAAUACAAAACACGCACGAGCGAGCGACCGGCCCGACAAUCAGCUUCAGGUUUUUAAGACAGACAGAUAAAUAGAAACGAUAGGUUUGUGUGUCACUUAAGUUUUUGCAUUCAUUCACUCGAAGUCUCAGACUAAGCCACGCCCACUCAACAAAGUUAUAGUAGAAUCAUCGUAGUCUCCAGCUUAGUCCUAGUCACAUUAAUCCCGUUUUAUUUUAUCGUCACGGCUUUCUAAACCCCUCGUCCCUCGUUCUACGGCUUUGAAACGAUCUUAUUUCUGAUAUUAUUACACGAUAAAUCACCUCUAAUUGAAUCUAGAAUUGUUCGAGAAUACGUUAUAACACAAAGAUCGCAAUUAGUUUCUGUCUGUAGAAAAUAUGAACCCUGAAUUUUUUACCAAAAUUCGUGUCUGAAAACCUUUUUGCUGGCAGCGUAUAUGUAUACAAAUUGAUGAAACUGACGAAUAAUAUAUUCCUAUUAUUCCAUUUGUUUGGAUGUUUUCGGACAAAAUUUCCUCACGAUAUAAAACGACGUAUUUACCUAAAUGUAUAAUUCCUGAUUGAAGCUAUUUAACUGUGUAACUUCCAUAUGCUACAUAAGCUACUUAAGUACAAUCUUAAUAUUUGUAUUUUUAUUAAACAAAUUCCGUGUCAUUCAUGUCACACUUUUUUUUAAAAAUUCCUAGCACAAUAUCCGAUUUCGACAAUACUACACAAUCUUUAACGCUAAUAACACUGUCCAGAGUAAACCGUUACCUCAUUUAAUCCACAUUACACUUCCAUGCUAAAAACACCUUCAGUGAGGGAAAUUUCUGAACGUAAUGUUUACAUUUUUUCUUUUUUCAACCUAGGAAUGCUUUGUGUAUUGUACAGUCCUUAAGAUUAAUGUUCAUGUUCAUGUUAAAUGUUUCUAUUGCAUAUAUCCAGUUCAUUCUUGUGUUAUCACUUUAUAAAAGGAGAAGUUCACUUCCAGAACUAAAAUCUACAGAUCAUUCCCUCACCCCCUCGUCAUCCAAGAUGUCCAUGUCUUUCUUUCUUCAGUCGUAAAGAAAUUAUGUUUUUUGAGGAAAACAUUUCAUCCAUAUAGUGGGCUUCAAUGGUGCCCCCGAGUUUGCAGUUUAAAUGCAGCUUCAGAGAACUCUAAACCUUGAUCCCAGCCCAUGAAGAUGAAGAGUCUUAUCUAGUCAAACCAUUGCUCGUUUUUUUAGGAAAAUAAAAAAAUUGUAUACUUUUCUGUAUAUGUAAUUGUAUAUGAUCUGUAGAGUUUUGUUCUGGAAGUGAACUUCUCCUUUAAGUUCACUGUAACAGUGUAUUGGUGCUAUUAAGAAUCUUCCGGAAGUCUUACAUCUCCAUGGUGUGGUGCAAUACGAAUAAACGUCAUGAUUCUUUCGAAAAAGACGAGAACGUAUUUAGCGGAUUUUAUUAGUUUUUUUGUAACAAUUACAACAAAGUUAGAAAAACGAUUACAUUUAGGUUAAAAGUCAAAAUUUUCUUAACAGCGAUUUCUGAUGUUUUUUUUUUUUUUUUUUACGUACUGAUUCAAA